UUAAAUACUGCCUGUCAGACUAACGGAAGGCAUUCGUUUACAACGACCCAAACUAACGCAACAUAAAUAUGAGUGGAAGAGGCAAAGGAGGAAAGGGACUGGGCAAAGGAGGCGCCAAGCGUCACCGUAAAGUUCUCCGUGAUAACAUCCAGGGAAUCACCAAGCCCGCUAUCCGCCGUCUGGCUCGCCGUGGUGGAGUGAAGCGUAUCUCCGGUCUGAUCUACGAGGAGACCCGUGGGGUGCUGAAGGUGUUCCUGGAGAAUGUGAUCCGUGAUGCAGUCACCUACACCGAGCACGCCAAGAGAAAGACCGUGACUGCCAUGGAUGUGGUGUAUGCCCUGAAGAGGCAGGGUCGCACUCUGUACGGAUUCGGAGGUUAAAUACUAGUCUUCGGUUAAUAACCACAACGGUCCUUUUAAGGGCCACCCAAUUCCUCAACACAAGGAGCUGACUUCCUCUUCCCCGUUAAUCACUAUGACUAAUCACAUUAAGGUCAGGUUGUGGAGAUCGUAUUGAAACGCAGGAGACGUUCAUUAAAGUUGAGGACACGAAUGCGGCUCUCGUUUAAUCACACAGUCAAAGUUAUAACAAAACAAGAUGGCGCUGUCCUGUAAACCAACAAGCAUGGGGCUCCACGUCAUC